AUGUAUGACGAUUAUGGCGAGGUAAAUAUUGAUUGAAUGAAUAUUCACAUUUUGAAAUUGUAUUAAUUAAUAUACGUAUUUUUCAGUAUGAUGGUUAUGAUGAUUAUGGGCCGCCAGAUGUUCAUGGUGACCAGUAUGACAGACUAGGUUAUCGUCAAGUACCGGAAGUUGUACGAAACUUUCUGAUUUUCUUACGAAAUUGUAUAAACGAAGGGAUGAUUUUUGAGAUUCAAAAUCUUUAUGAGACAACAUUUCCAAAAAUUUCAGAACAAUUAUUUGACAAGUCUUCUUGGCCUGAUACUCAAACAAUUGCACACAUAGUUGACAAUGAUGCAGUAUUUCUUACUUUGUACAAAGAACUUUAUUAUCGUCAUAUCUAUGCUCGUAUGCAAGGGCCAACAUUGGAACAACGUCUUGGUUCAUUUUAUAAUUACUGUGAUCUUUUUAAUUUUAUCUUGCGUCCAGACACUCCAGUUCAAUUGGAGCUACCUGAUCAAUGGUUGUGGGAACUCAUUGAUGAAUUUGUUUAUCAGUUUCAAUCUUUUACACAAUAUCGUGCUAAUUUAUCAAAUAAAACGCCUGAGGAAAUUGAAAAUUUAAAUGCACAUAACAAAACGUGGGACGUUUUGUGUGUUUUGAAUGUUCUACAUUAUUUAGUAGAUAAAUCAAAAAUUAAGAGUCAAUUGGAAGUAUAUGCAAGUGGUGGUGAUCCAGAUUCUGUAGCUGGUGUAUUUGGAAGACAUUCUUUAUAUAAAAUGCUUGGAUAUUUCUCUCUUGUAGGACUGUUACGUUUACAUUCUCUUCUGGGAGACUAUUACCAGGCUAUUAAAGUAUUAGAAAAUGUUGAGCUUUAUAAGAAGAGUGCCUACUCACAUGUUCCCGGUUGUCAAAUAUCAACAGCAUAUUAUGUUGGUUUUGCUUAUAUGAUGAUGCGCAGAUACGCAGAUGCAAUCAGGACAUUUUCUGGUAUUUUAUUAUAUAUUCAAAGAACGAAACAGUUGUUUGCAACAAGAAGUUACCAGAAUGAUCAGAUUAAUAAACAAACGGAACAAAUGUACCAUUUGCUAGCAAUCUGUCUUGUUCUUCAUCCACAAUGUAUAGACGAAGGAUUACAACAGGCAUUACGUGAUAAAAAUUAUCAUGAAAAAAUGUAUAAAAUGCAAUAUGGAGAUGUAGUUGAAUUUGAAUCAUGCUUUUUAUUUGCAUGUCCAAAAUUCUUGUCUCUUACACCACCAAAUCCUGACAAUCCAAAUGAAGAUUAUGUUCGAGAAGCAAUUAAACAUCAAACUCAAGUCUUUAUGGAUGAAGUUGUACAACAAAAAAUGUUACCAACUAUACGUUCAUAUUUGAAAUUAUAUACUACUUUGCCAUUGAGUAAACUAGCUACGUUUAUGUGUAGUAAUACUAGGCCUGACGAGAGUUGGGAUUUAGAUAAAGAAGUCAGUGCAUUAACUAUUCAUUUAUUAUGUUUUAAACAUAAAAUGAAAAACAUUGUUUGGACAAAAGGUGCAUCAGGAUUAGAUGGAAAAUUCCAAUCUGGCUCUGAGUCAGUCAGUUUGAUAGAUAACUUGAAGGCACUAUGUAUGAUACAACGAUACAACUUUACAUUAAUACUAUACAACACUGUAGCAACACUUCAAGAACUAUAA